ACACCAAAUUGUUCACAGUACACCCGCCUUGAAUCCUGGAACUAUGCCGCGGGGCCGGCCUCGCAAACUGAGAGUUAAAUCCAGCGACGAAACAGCAGAAGACGGCACAAGUGAAUCCAAGUCGGAGAACUGCAACGAUGGAGAGGUCCGGGAGAAGACAUGCAACAUGUGCUCUCAGGUGUUCACCACAGAGAGCCAACUACAGAGGCAUCUCCGUGACCACGAAGCCAACGACAAGCCUCAUCGAUGCGGCCAGUGCCCACAGUCGUUCAAUGUGGAGUUCAACCUCACCCUUCACAAGUCCACGCACACAACCUCCGACCCCACCUGUCCUGUGUGCCAUAAGAAAUUCUCCCGAGUGGCGAGCCUCAAAGCCCACAUCAUGCUGCACGAGAAGGAAGAGAACCUGAUUUGCGGCGAGUGCGGCGAUGAGUUCGUCCUUCAGAGCCAGCUCUCGUCCCACUUGGAGGAGCACCGCAAGGAGCUGUCUGGGGUCAAGGUCUACACCUGUAAGGCGUGUCGAAAGGAGUUCCAGUCGUCGGCCCAGCUCAAGGAGCACAUGAGGAGCCACGUUCGGAUGAGAACACUCACCGCCAAUACCAGGAACUACAAGAAAUACAUAGAUCGGAGCGGCUUCACAAACAGCUGUCACCACUGCGGGAAGACCUUCAAGAAGCCCAGCCAGUUGGUCCGCCACAUAAGAAUACACACUGGGGAGAGACCCUUCAAGUGCCCCCACUGCAGCAAGGCCUUCAACCAGAAGGUGGUGCUGCAGACCCACAUGGUGAAACACACCGGGGAGAAGCCUCACCUCUGCAUGUUCUGCCCUGCAUCCUUCUCCCAGAAGGGCAAUCUGCACUCCCACGUCCAGAGAGUCCACUCUGAGACCAAAGGCGUGCCACUGUUCCCUUGUAUGGACUGCAGCUGUGUGUUCAAGAAGCUGGGCAGCCUCAACGCCCACAUCAGCAAAAUGCACAUCUCCAUGAUCGAAGAGCCUUCCAGCACCUCGGAAGCGGAGGCGGCGUGCCAGGCAGCGGCGUCGGGGUCGGAGGCUGGCCAGGAGGGCGUGACCGACGUCAUCCAGCAACUGUUAGAGCUGUCGGAGCAGGUCACCAACGAGCCGGCCCCGCCCCAGCCGGCCCCGGAGGCCCCCAUGGAGACCCUGGAGACCGCCAUCAACCAGGACAUCUUGCAGCAAGCCCUGGAGAACAGCGGCCUCAGCGUGGUCCAGUCCCAGAGCAGUGGAGCCCCCGCGCAGUCCCAAGGCCAGCCAACAGAGGGCGCCACCGCAGAUAACAAGAAGACCCUCGGCCAGGAGAGGUCUGCCAAAGAGAGGAAAAGGAGCAUAUUCAGAAAGCCAAUACAGAUGCCAGGCUCCAUCCGGGAGGAGAACGGCGUGCGCUGGCACGGCUGCCCCUACUGCACCAAGGAGUUCAAGAAGCCCAGCGACCUGGUGCGCCACAUCCGCAUCCACACCCACGAGAAGCCCUUCAAGUGCAAGCAGUGCUUCCGGGCGUUCGCCGUCAAGAGCACCCUCACGGCGCACAUGAAGACGCACACGGGCGUCAAGGCCUUUGAGUGCCCGUACUGCCUCAAGUGCUUCUCCACCUCGGGCAGCAUGAAGGUGCACAUGCGCCUGCACACAGGCGUGCGGCCAUUCAAGUGUCCUCACUGCGACAAGUUCUUCCGAACUUCGGGCCACCGGAAAACGCAUGUCGCCUCGCACUUCAAGAGCCUACAGCAGAAGAAACACAAAUUCCCCCGCAAAGCCAACAAAGCCAAGGCAUCCAAGAACAACCUCCCCCUGUCAGACAUCCCCCUGCAGGAACCCAUUCUCAUCACAGACCUGGGACUGGCCACGUCGCAGAGCGCUCGCCUGGGCCUGCAGCAGUAUCUUGAGAUGGUUGGCAUAGACCGGCCGUACAAGUGUCAGUUCUGCAGCAAGGCCUACAAGAAGUCCAGCCACCUCAAACAGCACGUCAGGUCCCAUACAGGGGAACGGCCCUACAAAUGCAUCCAGUGCAGCCGAGGCUUCGCCUCUUCCGGUGUGCUGAAGGCCCACAUCCGCACCCACUCGGGCCUCAAGGCCUACAAGUGUCUGAUGUGCGACACCACCUUCACCACCAGCGGCAGCCUGCGGCGUCACAUGACCACGCACAGUGACUCGCGGCCCUACAUGUGCCCCUACUGCCAGAAGACCUUCAAGUCUUCGCCCAACUGCCGGAAGCACAUGAAGACGCACAGGUACGAGCUGGCCCAGCAGCUGCAGCCCCAGCCCCCUGAAGACUCCCUGGGGGGGACCACCGUGUCCCACGAGAUCCAGGUGGAGAUCGAAGAUGAGGACCUGGAAGGCCAGGCGGCCUCCGGGGGCGGGGAGCAGCAAGGCAUGCUGGAACUAGGCCAGGCACAGGUGGUGGGCAGCGGUCAACAGGUGACUCUGGAGGCGGAGCUUAGCGAGCAGCCGCUGAUACAGACAGAGGAUUCUUAUGUGACCAAUCAACAUGCUCUGCCCCAAAACAUCAGCCAGUUUGAGACUCAAACGCUUCCUCAGCCAACCUAUGACCAGCAAGCUCUCACGCAAGGCUUCACCAUCACCGAGGGCUACACUCAGCAGCCCCACUUCUCCAACGUCCAGCAGCUCCAGGACUCCAGCACCCUGGAGUCCCAGGCCCUGUCAUCAAGCUACCACCCCCAGAACCUGCUCCAUGUGACCAGCUCAGAGGUGACAGCUGAGCUGCUCCAGCAGAGCGACCAAACGGAGCUGCAGCUGACAUCCGAGUCGCAGGACUACCAAGAGGAAGAGGACAACAGCAAGAGAGCCUACAGAUGCAGUUGGUGUAACAAGGGCUUCAAGAAGUCCAGCCACCUGAAGCAGCAUGUCCGCUCCCACACCGGGGAGAAACCCUACAAGUGCCAGAUCUGUCAGCGCGCCUUCGUGUCUGCCGGAGUGCUCAAGUCCCACCUGAACACACACACGGGGGUGAAGCCGUUCAAAUGCAACGCGUGUAGCGCCCUGUUCACCACCAACGGCAGCCUGAACCGUCACAUGGUCAUCCACGUCAAGUCGUUCAAGUGUGCGUUGUGCGGCGAAGGUUUCCGCACCAACCUGCUGUGCAGGAAGCACAUGCGCAAGAUCCACCACGUGGAGGAGAGAGUCGUGGAUCUGGACGGCGCCAACGUGGCGGUGGAGGAAGAGGAAGAGGAGGAGGAGGACGACGACGACGAGGAUGACGACGAAGACGAGGAGAGUCGAGGGACCCUAGGCAAGCGGCGGGGCGCCAACAUCAUCACCUUCACGGAGGAGCAGGCGGCGGCGCUGGCCAACGACCCCGGCGACACGGCCACCGUGUCGGAGCGCGUGCUGUCGCAGUCGGCGGCGGAGCGCGACCGCAUCAGCGAGAUCAAGGACAAGGAUGUGGAGCUGGAGGCGGAGCCUAAGUUUGCCAACUGCUGCAACUUCUGCCCCAAGAGCUUCAAGAAGCCCAGCGACCUCGUCAGGCACAUUCGCAUCCACACGGGGGAAAGGCCGUACAAAUGUGACGAGUGCGGAAAGAAUUUCACCGUCAAGUCCACUCUGGACUGCCACGUGAAGACACACACAGGUCAAAAGCUGUUCAGCUGCCACAUGUGCAACACCUCCUUCUCGACCAAGGGCAGCCUGAAGGUCCACAUGAGGCUGCACACGGGCUCCAAGCCCUUCAAGUGCCCCUUCUGCGAGCUCCGCUUCCGCACCUCCGGCCACCGCAAGACCCACAUCCAGUGCCACUACCGGCCCAACGUGGAGGUCCGUCGGUCCAAGAGGAACGCCGCGGCCGCCUCCUCCUCUUCCUCCUCCUCCUCCUCCUCCAACUCCACCACCUCCACCUCCUCCAUCGGGGUGCACGCCAACCACCAGGGACAGGACGCGGACGGGGGCCAGGGCUCAGGAGCCGGCCAGCACCUCCACCUCCAACAGCACCACCACCAGCAGCUGGGCACAGAGGGCCUCCAGUCGGUGGGGCUCCUGCAUGCCUCCAACUCGGACCCCAACAUCUACCUCCCGGGGAACCACGUGCUCACGGGCCAGUUCGACCCCAGCCUGCUGCAGCAGGGGCUGGUGGGACAGGCCAUCCUGCCGGCCUCCAUGUCGGGGGGCGACCUGACCGUGUCCUUGACGGACGGCCUGGCCACCCUGGAGGGCAUCCACCUGCAGCUGACCCCCACCAACCUGGUGUGUCCCAACGUCCAGAUCUCAGGCAUGGACGCCGGCACCACCAUCAACAACAUCACGCUGCAGAUCGACCCCGCCCUACUCCAACAGACCCUGCAGCAGGGGGGUCUCCUCUCCCACUCGCUGGGGGCUGACGGGAGCCUCAUCUCCCACUCCGGGGGUCACCUGAUGACUUCAGGUACCGACCACGGGGGGCCCACCAACGUGGUCCUCCACCCGCUGACCAGCCUUGCCCUGCAGCCCACCACCAUCAGCCAGGCGCAGGUCACCAUGGCUGGCCUGGGAGACCCGGACGCCCCUGGCUCCCAGGACCUCAGCCACGUGAUCGGAGCAUCAGGGCUGAUGGGUAGCGUCGGUGGAGGCGGGCACGAGAUCACCCUGACCAUCAACAACUCCAGCCUGACCCAGGCUCUAGCCCAGGCCCAGGCCCAGGCCCAGCAUCAGGGCCAGGCCGUGGGCCCAUCCAACACCCAGGAGAUCACGCUCACCAUAUCAGGUCAGGACCUGCUCCCCCAGCACAGCGCCUCAGGUGGACAGGAGAUGAACAGCGGGAUCAGGCUGACAUCCCCAUUGAACUCCCAGACCACCAGCGCCACGCUCACCAUCCCCAGCGACCAGCUGCUGCCUCAGUGCCCCAACAACACUGGCCUGACAGUAACCAGCCUUCCGUCUAGCACCAGCCUAUCACACACCGCCGUGUCACAGAGCCUGGUGAUGUCACAGGGAGGCGUGGCAGCCGACGGCAGCGUGACUCUGACCCUGGCCGAGGCGCAGGGCAUGCUGGAGGGGGUGACGCUCAACCUCAACUCUCAGGGCCAGACGUUUCCAGGGGUGCUGACCGAUGCGGGCCUGCAGGGGCAGUCAGCCGGCUCUGUGCAGCCGGUCCUCCUGGUCUGUCAUCAACCACAGGGGGCCAACGGAGCGCAAGACAACGGAUUCCACGUCAGUCUUGUGGAGGACGGGCCGGCGGCCCAGGGGGCGAAGGAGGCCCAGGAGGAGUCGCAGCUGAGGAACCGGUGCUUCUACUGCAGCCAGGUGUUUCAGAACCCCAACGCACUGCGGCGCCACUGCAAGCAGAACCACGGCAAGGACCGCUGCCACGUGUGCCGGGUCUGCACCAAGGCCUUCAAGAGAGCCACGCACCUCAAGGAACACGAGCGAGUCCACCAGCCCGGGCCCUCGGCCAGCUCCCAGAAGCCCCGGGUCUUCAGCUGCACCUCGUGUGACAAGGCCUUCGCCAAGCGCUCCCAGCUGGAGAGACACAACCGCACACACACAGGCGAGCGGCCCUUCAAGUGUGCGCAGUGUGACAAGGCCUUCAACCAGAAGAGCGCCUUGCAGGUGCACACGGUGAAGCACACCGGCAACAAGCCCUUCAAGUGCGACGUGUGCAGCAUCAGGUUCACGCAGAAGAGCAACAUGAAGCACCACAUGAAGAGGGCCCACGGCUACGGUCAAAUGCAGGACGGGUCGCUGGGCCAAGACGACCAUGUGGGCCAGGCGGGGGUGACUACAGACCUGGACCUGGUAGUGGUCCCGGAGGCAUCCGAAAACUGGCACGUCUUCUCCUAACCUCCACCUUCACCGGCACCACCUUGAGGUGCUCCCCCCCAGCUCCCCCUACUGCGACGAAGCAUGAAACCGUUACCCUAACCCUUCAUUUUAUAAUGCAGGGAGCCCGGUGAGUAUUCUGAAAGCACUUGAAGAAAGCACUAGGUAUGAUUUAAAGGAACAAAAAAUGAAGCGAAAAGAGUUUAACAAAGGACCUUCCUUCAGCCUGUAGUCCAUUAGAUCUGUUGCAGACCUGGGUGCUUUUGGAUGCUUCAGGGUCCCUGUGACUCAUUUAAUGUUCAGAGUCAUUGUUAAUAUACACCCCCCUUUUUGAUUGACAGAGAAAGGACCUUAUUUAUACACUAUGUUUAAGUUUGCGUGCUUUUUUAAUAGUUCAGUCUGGCAUCAUUUUUUUGUUAUUUUUGUAUUGUCAUUUUUUUCACUGCAUUGCAUUUUGUAAAUAAUGUAUAUGGAUAUAUUUUUGAUUGAACACCAAAACACAAGGUGGUUUGUGAAUAUGUGAACGGUAGCAUAGAUUUCCAUUUUAUUAUAAAGCCAAACUAGUGUACAGCCUUUUUUAGUUGGGAAGAUUUUAUUUUGUAUCGGUCAUGUAUUUAAUAAAAUAAGGCAUUUUUCUACGAA